AUGUAUAAAAAAAAUUCAUUAUUUGAGUCUGUAACUAAAAUAAAAGAAGUAACAUUUAAAAAAUAUGGAUAUACUUCCAAUUUGGAUGCAGCUAUUGUUAAAGGUGAAGUUUGGUAAGGUAGGAUACAGAUAGGAAUAAGAUCUGUAAGCAUAGCUAAACCAUUACUGUUUUAAUAAUAUGCAUAUCCAUGACAACAAUAAUUGUUUAAAAAAGAUAAUUUUUAAAUAAUAAAAACUUGAUAAUAACAAAAAAUAAAUGACUACCUUAAUUUUAAUCUUUCAAUUUUUUUAAUCUAAAAAACCAGGUUUCCUCAUGAUUUUAAAUAUUAAGGAAAAUUUCAAAAUAUGACCUAUUUAAAGUAUCAAACAAAAAAAAUUUUCUAUCAGAAAAAGUGUUCAAUAAAAAUAUAUAAACAUUGAAUCUAAAAUCUAAAAUACUAAUUUCAGGUAUAUGGGGUAAAAAAUUUAAAAUGGUUUUAAAUUAAAGCUUUAGUGAUUGCAUAAUGAUUAAAAAAAUCACUUAAUGUUCUCUGAAAAAAUUGUUACUUUAUGAUAAAACAAUCAACCUGUAUGCAACAAUUAAGAUUAAAAUAAAGGGGAAAAAUAAAUUAACUAGUUGCUAUUUAAGAGUUUUAACAUUUUGUUUAUGUCUGGCCAUAAGUUAGAACUAGGAAUGGGAUUUUAAUAUAAUUAACUGUAAGUGGUUAUAUAUUAUAUUAUUAUGAAAAAAAAUGUUGGUAAUAUUAUUUUAAAUAUUUCACUAUACAAUUUCAUGGUUAUAAAUAAAUAAAUAUAUAUAUAUUUGUAUAUGAAUUAAUAAACAAAUAUAAAUUUGAAUAUUAUUACUUUUAUACUAAAUUAAAAUCUGUUUUUUAUUCACAAACAUAUAAUAGUACAAUGGGAAGGAAUGAGAAACUAUUUAUAAAUUAUUUAUGUAACAUGUAUAUACCAAUAUGAGGUAUUUUAUAUUAUUAAGGAAUAGGUUUAACUGGAGGCGGAAUGAACCUUUGGAACACUGUCUAGCUUUUUAUUAGUAUUAUAGUGAAACCUUUGAAUAACAGACACCCUUGGUAACAGGUUACCAAAACUUUGUUAAAUAUUUGAAAAAGUUUUCUAUUCUGAAGGAGUACUAGGUUGAAUUGCAUAUAGUGUUUUUAUUUAAUAUUUUAAUGAUAUAAAAAUGUAUAUAUAAUAAUAAAAAAGAUGUAUAUACUGUUGUAGAUGAGAAGUUAGUAAAAUGAUUACAUAAUAUGCAUUAUACAUGAGAAAAUAAAAAAUUGACUUCCCCAAAGUACCACCCCAGGAAAGUUUCCUUUCAGAAAAAGUGUUAUAUUUAAUAUUUCAGAUUAAGAUUUCUGGUAGAAUUUUUAUAUAGUACAAAAAAAUAAAAAAUAAACAUCUUUGUAAAACCAAUACAUUCUUUGUUUUAAUCAGAAUCUAAAAUAUAUAUGUACAUACAUAUUUAAAGGACUCAUUGCAUUGAAAAUAUCAUUUACUAAAAAAAUAGUAUUUAUGUAUACCUUUGAUAAUGUUUGUUAAAGAUUUAUUUUGGUUGUUACAAUAAAAGCUUUCGGUGGUGGUGGGGGGGGGGUUAAAAAAAAACUUACUAAAAAAAUGUACAAAACAUCAGCAGUUAAGACAUUGAUAUUUUUGUCAUAAUAGUCAUUACUUGUUGUAAUUUUAUCUUAUCCUUCCAUAACAACCUUAUUGAAUGAAUUUGUUAUCAUUAUACUAGUAAGAGCUCCAGUUUCUGUCAUUACUUUUAAAUUAAGAUUAAAGUCUCCUAUUUGGAGGUUUUCACAUUAAAAAUUAUUGAAAAUAUUACCAAAAAUUGCUAUUGCUGCUAUUGGGAGGUGACUAUUAGGAGAGAUUUCACUUUAUAUAAUUUUGACUAAUUUAAAACUGUAAUGUUUGUGUGGACUACUCUGGAUGAUGAAUAUUCUUUUAUCAUUUCAAGUCAACAUUGUUAUUGUUAAAUGAAAAUAUUUUCACACUAUUUUAUUAUGAUUAUAUUAUUUUAUCUUAUACAUAACUGUUGUUCAACAACCUAUUAAUAAUAUUAAUAGUAUAUUAUAAUUUUCAGGCCAACUGGAUCAUGAAUUUCUGUGGAUUAAGUAAUCCUAAAUUGCCUGCAACUAAUAUAUUUACAACACAAUCGUUUUUCAAAGGUUUUCAAUAUGAAACAUGUGUCAUAUGUUUAGAUGAUUAUGAAGAAGGAGACCAGUUACAAGUGAUGCCAUGUUGUCACGGUAUAUAAUAUAAUAAUUAUUGUACUUUUCAAAUUAAUUUUGUUUAUAUUAGACUUAAUUUAAUUCUAUGUUUACAGCUUACCACAGUGAAUGUAUUAAAUUAUGGUUAAUGCAAAAACAAGUGGUUUGCCCCAUUUGUAAACGUCAAGUUGUUAAAUCAUUUGAAGAUGUGCACUUUGAAGGGCUUUUUGAUAUUGAGCCCAAUUAA